ACACUCCUCGCUGCCGCCUCCGUGGCUGGCGUUGUAGCGGCACAGAGUCUAUCAGACUAUUUUCCCAAGUGUUCCGUAGACUGUCUUGAAGAGGCGACUAAGCAGGCAACCUCCUGCUCGACAACUGACGCAGUCUGCUUCUGCGUUCAGAGCAACUACGAGGCCAUCUACAACUCGGGACUUGCGUGUGUUCUCAAAGACUGUGGCAAUGAUGUUGCCGUCGACAAGGUCCUCCCCGCUGCUAUCCAGUUUUGCUCCGCCGCUUCUUCGUCC